CACCACCACCGCCACCACCGCCACCACCACCGCCGUGGCCGCGGCCGCGUUGGCCGUCACCGCCACGCUCCCGACGACCAGCGCAGCGAGCGGGUCGUCAUCAACGUGGGCGGCACGCGGCACGAGACCUACCGCGAGACCCUGCGAACGGUGCCCGGCACGCGCCUCUCGUGGCUCUCGGAGCCCGGCGCGCGCCGCCACUUCGAGUUCGACCGCGGGCUCGGCGAGUUCUUCUUCGACCGCCACCCGCAGGUGUUCGCCCACGUGCUCAACUAUUACCGCACGGGCAAACUGCACUGCCCGGCAGACGUGUGCGGCCCCCUGUUCGAGGAGGAGCUCGCCUACUGGGGCAUCGACGAGACGGACGUGGAGCCCUGCUGCUGGAUGAACUACCGGCAGCACCGCGACGCCGAGGAGGCCCUCGUGAGCUUCGGCAGUGGCGAGCCAGCGGCGGCGGCGGCGGCGGCGGCUUGCGACGCCCGCGGCGAGGGUGGCGACGCUUCGGAUGCUCGAGGUAGCGGUGGUGGUGGCGGUGGUCAGGAGGUAGCAGCCACGGCGUUGGGUCGCUGGUGGUUUUGUUGCCGGAGGUGGCAGCCGAGGCUCUGGGCGCUGUUCGAAGACCCGUACUCGUCCAGAACGGCCAGGUUCAUCGCCUUCGCGUCGCUCUUCUUCAUCCUCGUCUCCAUCACCACCUUCUGCCUGGAGACCCACGAGCACUUCAACCACGCGGUGAACCGCACCGAGGUGGUGGACCCAGCGAGCGGCCGCACGGCCACGCGCUCGCGCGUCGAGACGGACCGGGCGCUGACCCUCGUGGAGGGCGUCUGCGUGGCGUGGUUCACCUUCGAGUUCCUCGUUCGCGUCGUCUGCUGCCCCAGCAAGGGCCUCUUCGUGCGCAACUAUCUCAACGUCAUCGACUUCGUCGCCAUAUUGCCAUUCUACCUGGAGGUGGGCCUCACGGGCAUGACAUCGAAGGGCGCCGAGGACGUCCUCGGCUUCCUGCGCGUGGUGCGCUUUGUGCGAAUUCUGCGCAUCUUCAAGCUGACGCGGCACUUCGUGGGCCUGCGAGUCCUGGGCCACACGCUCCGCGCGAGCGCCAACGAGUUCCUGCUCCUCGUCAUCUUCCUCGCCCUGGGCGUGCUCAUCUUCGCGACCAUGAUCUACUACGCCGAGCGCCUGGGUCUCGGGCACUCGUUCGACCAGGACGACGGGACGCCCUCCUCCGCGUCCAGCUCCGCGUCCAGCUCCUCCUCCUCCUCCUCCUCCUCGUCGUCGUCUGACCACCACAGUCACCAGCAGCAUCAGCAGACCAGCUUCAAGAACAUCCCCAUCGGCUUCUGGUGGGCCGUGGUGACGAUGACGACGCUGGGCUACGGGGACAUGUACCCUAAGACGUGGUCCGGCAUGCUGGUGGGCGCCCUGUGCGCGCUGGCCGGGGUGCUCACCAUCGCCAUGCCUGUGCCCGUCAUCGUCAACAACUUCAGCAUGUACUACUCGCUCGCCAUGGCCAAGCAGAAGUUGCCCAACAGGCGCAAGAAGCACGUGCCCAGGCCGCCGCACCUCGGCUCGCCCCUCUAUUGCCGACCCGAGCAGGGCCCGCAUGCCAACUGCGUGCGGAGUGACCGCUGCCUGUUGGUGAAGGGAGGUGGCGGUGGUGGUGCCGGUGGUGGCGGUGGUGCCGGUGGUGGUGGUGGU